UCCUCCUCUAUAAAUAUUAAUCUCUCUUUCGUCUCUUCAUUUCCCCCAUUAAAAUCCUAAAUUUACACAAAGGAAACAAGAAAGCAAGCUUGAAGAUCCAGUUUUUUUUUUAUCAUAGAGUUAAAACCCAGUUUUCAUCUCGUCUGUUUCAGCUUCCUCUUUACCGAAUGGCUAUGGAAUCAAACUUUUUUGAGCAAGAAUCACACUUUGAGUCUGAUGGAGAUAUUUCACUCAAGCACAAAUGGAAUUCGAUACCAGACCCAACAAGAGAACUCGAAAAAGAUUCGGGCUGCUUCGAUUGCAGCAUUUGCUUCGAGUCUGCGAAAGACCCUGUAGUCACCCUCUGUGGUCACUUGUACUGCUGGCCAUGCAUUUACAAGUGGCUUCAACUCCGAACUUCUUCCCUCGAUUCAGGUCCGCAACAGAAGAGCUGUCCCGUGUGCAAGGCGAGCAUCUCUUCCGGUUCACUGGUUCCCCUCUACGGUCACGGCGCAUCUUCGCAGUCGCAUUCCAAGAAUCCCCACUCAGAUAUGGUCAUUCCUCAAAGACCACCUCGUUUGACAUCGAACAUCACGCCCACUUCUUUGCAUCUAAAUCACCAGCAAUACUUCCCUCACCCUUACGGAGGAGGAUAUGCGACCUUGGCAUCGUCCGACCUCGGUGGUAUAUCGACGACGAAUUCGUUCCAUCCGACGAUGGGAAUGUUGGGAGAAAUGGUGAGUGCUAGAAUGUUUGGGAGCUCAAACAGAAGUAUGUUUGCUUAUCCAAACCAGGCUUCUUACCAUUUUUCAAGGAACAAUAAUCUUAGGAUGAGAAGGCAAGAGAUUAAGGUUGACAAAUCUCUUAGUAGAGUAUCCAUGUUUCUUCUUUGUUGCAUCAUUCUUUGUCUUCUCUUGUUCUGAGAAGUAUUGAACUUCAGCUUGUAUAGUUGCAAAAA